AUGGCCAGCUUCGCCAGAUCAAUCAAAUCCCCUUACCUCUCGCCGCGCAUGCGACCUUCAAUGUCGGGACGCACCAUGUCUGCAAACUCUGACCGCUCAAACAAUAACUCGCCCAACAGUCCCCGAUCUGAUGAUCUUGGUGAUUUUAAUCUGUCUGGACGCAACACUCCAACAAUUCACCAUCACUCCAGGCCAAGUCGGGGACGAGACGGGUUUUUUGAUGGCGAAGACAUUUCUCGGACUUCCUAUUUCACUGGUAAGUUUAUUCGAAUUGGCUGGAAUGCAUAUCCCUCCUUUGACCCCUGA